UUCUUUCAAAUUGUUUACUGACUUAGCAGCCUACCAGUCUUAUCUCCCUUCCUCAGCCCUGUUUUCUGAAUCAGCAGUAGUUAAAUUUUCCAGUAACCCCUACAUGAAAGGGAGUGUAAAGGGUGACUGGGGAUUUCCGGUGAGUGACCUCGCCUUUGAGUGGGACAGUCAACGCAUUUGCUCUGACAUUCUUUCUAUGAAGCAGAGCAGUGACAGCUGAAGUUGCUUUCCAGAAGUCAUCUCAACAGAGGUCUGGCAGUAUCCAAUACCUUAAUUUUCUUAGCACAGAAGACAAACCACCUUGAAUUCUCUGAUUUCCUGAAUUUUUCAAGUUGGCGACAAUGGCAACUAAUUUUGGAGUUACCUCAGCAGUGUUUUUCAUCUGGGUGAUGACAUUCAUGGCUCAAAAUUACUUUGUAACAGGUUCCACUCAUUCACUUUGCAGGAUCACAGGUGUAGGACUCUAUCUCGAGAAGAAAGUGAAUUUCUCAGAAGCAAGUAAUGCAUGUAAUCAACUGAAUCUACAAUUGGCAAGUAAAGACCAAGUUGAAAAUGCUUUGAAACAUGACUUUCAAACAUGCAGCUUUGGAUGGGUGAAAGAUGGAUUUGUUGUUAUUCCUCGGACAACACCCAACAACAAAUGUGGUAAGGGCAAAACUGGACUAGUGCGAUGGAAUGCUGACCUCCUUCAAACAUUUCAUGUUUACUGCUUCAAUUCCUCAGAUGUCCAGAUUAAUUCAUGUAAACCAGACCCAACCACAACAACAUUUCCUUCAUCAAGUGCAUCAACGGACUCGACUGCACAUUCAGCCUCUGAUUUCACUGAGAACAUCACAGCAGUGCCCACUGUGGCUGAGCCAGAGCAAUUCCUGAAAAACAGAAGGUUUCGUGUCAUAUGUGUAACUGAAACGUUACCCACAGAGGGGACCACCACAGCACUGCCAGAGGAAUCCUCUGCGACCGCCUCUCCCAGCCACACUGCCCGUUCUGCCUUUAAGAACGACUCCGUCAUCUUUGGAGGUGUCCCCAUUGCACUUCUUGUCCUGGCAAUCAUCUUCUUCAUUAUUUCAGUUGUCCUAGCAGUCUGUUAUAUCAAAAAGUACAAGAAAACCUUCCCAUUUUUAAACAAGACUCAGGAAAAAGAAAUGGUUGGAACUGUUGCUCUCAAAGAGGCAAAGUUAAAUGACAAAACACCUGAGAAGGAAGCACAGACUAAUGGAAGUAAGGUAGAAGAGUCUAAAACUAAGCCUGAGGCCACAGUAAAAUGUCUAGAAGCAGAAGUUUAAAGCAAAGAAUGUACAAUUCUUGAUGGAAAUAUAAAAUUAAGCACACAGAACUUUGCAAUGCUUUUAAACUUGGCUGAUUGUGAAUACUCAUGAGUAUUUUCUCUAUCUUAACAUGUGAAACCUUGUUUUUUAAUAAUUACAUCUUUGUCUGCAAAUAUUCUUGCAGGAGGACAUGGUAUCUUAUUUACUUGAAAUAAAUAAAAAAUCCAUAUUACAGCUCAUUUUUCAUCUAUAAUAAAGAAGUAAUUAGGAAUAUGCUAUUAAUGACAUGCACUGUGUUAACUAUUUGCAUUGAAUUCAGACCAAUAUAUCAUUAAAAGGUUUUUAUAUCCAGCUGGAGGAUGUCUGCUAACUUAAUGUCUAAUAUAAAAUGAUGAUACUGUAGUUAUUCCUCAUGUAGAUCAGCUUAUUUCCAUCCAGUAGUUGCACACUGUUUUAAAAAAAGUCUGUUUACAAACAGAAGAAAUAGUUCUGUUUACAAGUGCGUGAAAAACCAAAGGAUUAACCCACUGUCAUUCAAAUACCCAAGAAAGGGUACAAAGAUGUUGAUGUCUAUAUAUACAGCAAUAAAUAACUUUCACACCUUCAUCCUAUCAUAAUUUUAUUUAUUAAAACCAGUAUCAUCUUCUGCAACAGAUAUAAUGACAAGGGUGGGGAAAAAAGCCUUGAUCUGUAUCUCAACACUUAUAUUUGAGAUAUUUUGUGUAUAUUUAAGUGUGGGUUUCAUAAUAAAGGUCUCAGGUGGUAUGGGAUGUUUACAGUGCUUCAUAAAAAAUAAAGUAUGGUUGGUAUGUUUGUCUGGACAAUUUAUUCUCAUGAAAACUGUCUCACAGUAAAAAGGACUCAUAUAAUCUUAAUGUUACAGAAUUAAUUAGUUAUAAAAGAACAACACUUGCAAUUUAUCAAAUAUUUUCCUGAACAAACGAUUUGGAUGACUUAUUUUUAUAUGUCAACGAGAUUAUUACGGCAAAGACAGUUUCUUUUUACAUCAAGAAGCUUGAAAAACAUAGUCUUAAAUAAAAUAGCAAUAGAACUGCUCACUAUAUUGUGUUUUCAACAGU